AACCUUCUCUCUGCUUUGUUUUUCUUUUCCUCCUCCGUGGUUUUUCUCCCACCGCCGCCGCAAGCCACGCUCCUCCUCGCGCCGACCUUGUUUGUUUCUCCUCCUCCUCCCACGCAUCGAGUUUCUCUUCCUCAUCUUCUCACCAACUUCCUUCUUCUUACUCCUCUCCACCCUUCUUCCGCUGCCCCGGAUCAACACCGGCAAACCGAUCAACACCGGCAACACCAGCCCUAAUCCUUCUUCUUCUUCUUCUCCAAACCACCAAGACCGGAAGCAACCUUCUCCUUUUUCUUCUGCCAUAUGCCAGCAAGAGCAAGAUCAGACUCAGCCACCAACAACAAGGCCAAGAGCGGUAGCUCUUCUUCUUCUUCCCAGCAGACUUCUCCCUCUUUUUCCAGGAAGCAGCAGCCUUUUGCAGCAACUCCUGCCUCUUCUUCCAGUCAACUGGUGCACUGCUAUUCACCACCGUGGUUGUUCAUCGCUGGAGUCUAGGAAAGCCACAGCUGGCUCCUCGUUUUCCAAACUCUUCGGAAUAAUGCACUUUAUGAGAAAAGCUUGUGGUUGUCUCUCCGCUGAGUUGAAUCCUUUGUAUACGAGACACUAUGCCUCCAAAAUUGAUUGGAAUAAACUUCGACCUAUAAUUAUAAAUAGAAUAAGAAACAGGGUAAAUGACUAUCCAAUCAGGAGCAUGAUUCCUGUUGCAAAAGAUGUCCUUAAAUCCCAAGAAAUUUUGUGGAAAGGCGUUUCUUUUCUCCUCAAUGUCAUCCCAGUGAAGGCAUGCAACUCCUGUCCUGAAGUCUAUAUUGGCAAAACUGGACAUCAGAUAAACACGUGCCGGGGUUUCAAAAAGAGGGCUAAGAACCUUCCACACCAAUGGACAGAAGGAAAAUUAAAUGACAUCCUUCCCCGAGUUGAAUCCUAUCAUCUCCAACACAUGCGGAAAAGCAUGAUAAAGCAUGAUCAGAGAUUUGACUUGCCUCGUGUGCCUGCGAUUCUCGAGCUGUGCCAUCAAGCAGGAGUAGAAAUCCCCGAUGAGGUUUUAUACAGUUAUUAUAGAGAAUCCUAUGAUAGCAUAGAAUAUCCAGGGCAGGUUGCUACCCUGCUGGGAGAAGACAUCCAGUCAAUUGCUGUGACCACCCUGGACGCAUGGGAGAAUCUCAGGCUGGGAUUGCAGAAGCUUCUUUUUGUCUACCCAGUGAAGGUCUGCCAAUAUUGUUCAGAAAUCCAUGUUGGUCCAACAGGGCACAAGGUUCGGGUUUGCGGGCUAUUUAAGCACGAAAGUUGGAGGGGGAUUCAUAAGUGGAAGAGAGCAGAGGUGGAUGACUUGGUACCGCCAAAGGUGGUGUGGCACCGGCGGCCUCAAGAUCCACCAGUGCUGCUCGAUCAUGGGCGAAAUUUCUAUGGGCAUGCACCUGCGGUGGUGGAGCUCUGCAUCCAAGCCGGAGCUAGAGUGCAUCCAAAAUACUUCUGCAUAAUGAAGAUUCAUGGAUUUCCUGGCAACUGAGCUUUGAAGGGCCACCUGCUCCAUUCACCGAGUUCAUGGUCUGAUUUAACAAUUUUGACAUCGUUGUAUGCUAUCAUUUAGAGUGGUUGCUCGUCAUAGGCAUCGGCAUCAAUAGCAAAUUGAUCACUGCAGAAUCUCGAGGCUCAGCAGUUGGAAGAGGUUUGAUAAUUGCACUAAUUUAUUUUCUCAUAUUGAAUGUGUAAGAUGAGUGGUAGCAUAUUGGAAGAUUUUUCUUUAGAUUCGUGUUCCAUCCUCGUGUACAUAUGGAUGAUCCAUAUCAACUAGAACGAAGGACAGGUUUCAAUUUGUUUCCGACCUUCGCUUGUUCUGUAAAAUUGACUUGUUUGCCAUGAACUCAUUGUGAGGCUGGUUAAUAAACACAUGUACACCUCUUUAGUUUA